AUGUCCAAACCGCCCGCUGCAGACAUCCACAACGCAAUCAGGCUCCUGAUUGACAACCUGAUCAACAUCAAGGAUGAAACGGGGAGAUUCCUGAUGCACCUGGAGGAUGGGCGCAUCAUCGACACCAAGUCGUGGGCUGGCUGGGAAUGGACUCACGGCAUCGGGCUCUACGGAGUGUGGAAAUACUACGAAAUGACCGGGGACGCAUCGCUACUGACGAUCAUUGAAGACUGGUUCUCUGCCCGGAUCGCCGAGGGAGGAACGACCAAGAAUAUCAAUACCAUGGCAGCGCUGCUUACGCUGGCAUAUGUCUACGAGAAGACGGGGAAUGUCACCUAUCUGCCCUGGCUCGAUUCAUGGGCUGAAUGGGCCAUGUAUGACUUGCCGCGGACCAAGUACGGAGGCAUGCAGCACAUCACCUACGAUAACGAGAACCCCCAGCAGCUUUGGGACGACACGCUGAUGAUGACUGUCUUGCCCCUGGCGAAGAUUGGCAAGGUGCUUGGACGGGCCGAGUAUCUGACCGAGGCCAAGAAGCAGUUUCUGAUACACAUCAAGUACCUGUUUGACGCUCGCACCGGCCUGUUCUUCCACGGCUGGACCUUUGAGGACGGAGGACACAACUUUGCGCAGGCCCUGUGGGCUCGGGGAAACAGCUGGCUCACCAUUGUCAUCCCCGAGAUACUGGAACUGCUCGACUUCACGGACGCCAAUGACCCCAUCCGCACGCACCUUAUCGACACGUUAGACGCACAAUGCGAAGCGUUGAAGCGAUUCCAGCACGCAUCCGGAUACUGGCGCACGUUGCUUAACCACGCGGACGAGGGCUCAUACGUUGAAGCCUCGGCCACGGCUGGGUUUGCAUAUGGCAUUCUCAAGGCCCAGCGAAAGCGAUAUAUAGAUCGGCAGUACCGCGACACGGCCGACAAGGCGAUCCAGGCGGUGCUCGGAGCGAUUGACCAGCAGGGAGAGCUGCAGAACACGAGUUUUGGCACGCCCAUGGGCCACAGCUUGGACUUUUAUCGAGAAAUCCCGGUGACUGCGAUGCCGUACGGACAGGCGAUGGCGAUUAUGGCGUUGGUGGAGUAUCUGCGGACGUACAUCUGA